AUGACUACCUCUAUCCCUUCUCUCAUCUCAAUCCCAUAUAAUGUAUUCGCGAACCCGGCAGCCUCGAUCUUGUUACCAAUUGCAUUGGGCACAACGGCAGGUCUCAGUUCUGGGGUCAAGAAGUCACAGACCACGUAUCGUGCGUUCAAGCAACCGCCAUUGAGUCCACCAGCCCAAGUCUUCGGUCCCGUCUGGACGCUUCUUUAUGGGUUGAUGGGCUACGCAUCUCACCGCGCUGUGACCGCGGCCCCAUCUGCCCUUGCCUCGCCAGACCAGAUGGGAGCCCUGUAUACAGUACAGCUGGGUAUGAAUAUGCUGUGGAUGCCCCUGUUCUUUGGGAUGCGUCGAGUGGAUCUUGCGGCAGCUAAUAUUGUGCUACUUACCGGUCUCAAUGGGUACCUGACGUAUUUGUACUUUUCAGUCGACAACCUGGCGGGUUGGUGUCAAGUACCACACAUGGCCUGGCUUGCGUUUGCGACGUACCUGACAGGCGGAGUGGGAUAUCUGAAUAACUGGGAUAUUUCCGAAGCCAAAUUAGCCAAAAAGUCAUGA